AUGGUCAUUUUGGAUCACGCACCAUCGCCGACACAGCCUUCCCAAUUGCUGUUACUGAACGGAAGCAGCAUCAUGAAGAAGAAAUUAGUAUUUUCCAUGACAUCCGUUCUGAUUGUGAUUCUACUUCUCACAAGUGUUUUCUCUUUGUAUUCCGAUAAUUUAUUUGUGUUAGCUUCUGAUGAUGUCAAACAAGACACCAAACAUGUGGUAACUGCCAUAACUAUGAAAUAUCCCUCAUCAUUGAUGAACACCUACUCUACCAAAUCCAAUGAUUCAGACCUCGCUACCCUUUGCGAUAAAUAUUUAAAUGCUACCAACAACGGAACCAAACAUACUAACUCAGAAGAAGAGGAAGAAGGACCAUUAACUUGGUAUGAGUACAUUCUUUAUGCUUGUGCAAGUUUGUUCUUUGUUGGAGGAGCUGGUUUGAUGUCGGGUUUUACUCUCGGCCUUCUCUCUAUUGAUCCAAUGCAACUUGAUAUUUUGAGAACCACAGGCACAGAUUCAGAGAAGAAAUAUGCUGUAAGAUUGGCUCCUAUUUUAAGACAUCACCACCUACUGUUGGUAACACUUUUAUUAUGGAAUGCUUUGUGUUUUGAAUGUCUUCCCUUGGUUUUGGACAAGAUCGUUCCAGAAUACGUAGCAAUUAUUCUUGGAGUCACAUUUGUUCUAUUUUUUGGAGAGGUUAUUCCUCAAGCAGUAAUUUCAAGAUAUGGACUUGCGAUUGGUGGUACUCUGUUUUGGCUUGUUUGGCUUUUGAUUGCUAUUGUUUUUAUUAUUGCAUGGCCAAUUAGCAAAGUGUUAGACUGGAUGUUGGGGUCUGGACACGGAACAUUGUAUCAAAGAACAGAAUUGAAAGAACUUGUAAAUAUUCACUCUCAACAUCUGAUCAAAGAUAUCACUUAA